GCCGGACAUGUUGCUGGCUGGUGCGGCGGGGGCAGGCAGGCAGCUGGUGUGCUGGUGGUGUGACACUUGACGUGGCCCCAGGUGGUGCUGUUGCUCCGCGGACCUGGGUGCAGCUGCGUCUCUGUUUUGCUUAUCACGCCGACUUCACGCCGUCGCACGCAUGGCAGUCGUCACGGCAGGCGUCGUCGACGAAACUCUAGGUCUCUUGUGCCGUGGUGUGGUUUGCGGGGGACCUGGUGCUGGGAAAGCGUAUGCGGCAGCAAGGCAAUGGCAGCAAGCGCGCAGCGGAAACGUGCAGCGGAACAAGGGUGCAGGCGUCUGGCGGGACGAGCGGUGCCGCGCGCGAUGUCACUGCGGCGCGAUGCUGCUGCGAGUGUGCGACUGGGCGUCUGCGCUAUGCAAGCAAGCAACGAGUGUUUGGAGCGAAGGUUUGGCUGGGCGUCCUCGUGUUUUCAGGGUCUGGGCUGCGAAGUCUGCGAAGUUCGCGGGGAGGAAGGAGGAGCUCGGUCAUGCACACACGGGCCUCACUGCGCCCGCGAAGGGAUCGAUGGUCCAAAUUUACUUGGUGUGGAGGCUCACGGCGGAAAGGCCAGGCAGUGACCAUAAAAUGAGUGUGGGGGGAGCGGCAAAGCAGAAGGAUGAGGAUGUUGCGCCGCGAACAGGAAAGGGGUUCACGCGCCGUGCACUUUCGAAAGCGCGCACAUCAAAUCACACCCAUGGUGGAGAGCCAUCCUCGAAGCGGCACAGUGGGUCGCAGCGCCUAUCCGCGCUCACCCCUGCGCACGUCGGCUGCUGUAGGUGGAGCAUUUGGGCUGCGUGGAGCCUCGCCAGAAAGUCGUCAUGGCACGGCUCUGGGCUCUGGGCUCUGGGCUCGAGUCUGUCUUUCGACGCUGCUUUGGCGGUCUGUCCGUCUCUCGCGGCGCUGUUGAGUCUGCUGCCCCUGCGCAGAUACGAGACUGUGGAGUAGUCCUCGAGCUUGGAGCAACUGUUUUGCUGCGCCGCACUGAUUCGGAAAUACCCAAGCCCCAUCAAGCCUCGUUCCUGCAAAUAAUCCACACAGUCACGCUCCAUAGGCCACCCAGACUUGAAAUAAUCUCCGAGUCACAAAAUGGCUGUCCACAUCUGCAUCCUCCUGCAUCCUCCUGCAUCCUCAUUCUCAACAACAACGCGCUGUAA